AAGCAAGUCGAUCGUAGCCGUUGAUCUUCAAGACAUUUAGAUCCCUAAUACGAAGCUGCUAUAUAAGAGGCACUUCUCUCUUUCUUCAGCCGUCUGGCUCGUCUCCUCCUUUAUAUUUCUCUGAAACAGGCGUGAAGUCUUUGUGCUUCAAAAAUGGUGAACGUUCCAAAGACGAAGAAGACUUAUUGCAAGAGCAAGGAGUGCAGAAAGCACACUUUGCAUAAGGUCACACAGUAUAAGAAGGGCAAGGAUAGCCUUGCUGCUCAGGGAAAGCGUCGUUAUGAUCGCAAACAAUCUGGUUAUGGAGGUCAGACAAAGCCAGUUUUCCACAAGAAGGCCAAAACGACCAAGAAGAUUGUUUUGAGGCUUCAGUGCCAGGGAUGCAAGCAUGUGUCUCAACACCCAAUUAAGAGAUGCAAGCACUUUGAAAUUGGUGGAGACAAGAAGGGAAAGGGAACUUCUCUCUUUUAAAUUAUAUCCGUUUUGUCCGUCUGUUUUCAUGUUUUUCUCAUGUUUCUGUUUUUGUUCAAAUGGAACCAGAAAUUGGAUUUUUGUUAACCUUGUUUUGCCAGUCUUAUUCUUACUGAAAUCUUUAGUUUGUGGAACC